AUGGAAGAUAUUUCUGACGAGAGUCGUUCACCCAAAUUAGAAUCUGAAAGGAGAAAACAUGUAAAAGAGAAUUAUCAAAAACCAAUAAUUGAACCCUUACUAGAUGAAAACGAAGAAAAAUAUAUAGCUGAUUUAAAUGGAAUGGAUAUUAUUGUUAAAAUACCUCUACAUGCUCAACGAAUAUUUUCUAUGGGAAAUUUUGGAACUUUUGUUGGUCAAAGAAUGAAUUUUGCUAAUUGGAAAUGUUUUUCUUCUGAUGAACAAGAAUUGUGUGAAGCUGGAACUAGUAAAGAAAGUUUGGUUAAAAAUUCAAGUUUUGAUUCGAAACAAAAAGCAAAGGAGUGGAUUGAUAAAAAUACUGGAGGAGGCUUACUUCAUUUAACACCUAUUGAAGCUUUUUAUUUGUUAAACGAAUUAAAUGUAAUUAAAAUAAAUGGAAAUAUUCCAAAAGAAAAUGAACAAAUUUUUGAAUAUUUUUGUUCAAUUUUUGGUCCUUCUUUUGUUAGAAAAUUUAUUGUUUACAAAUAUUUUCGAAGGCUUGGUUGGAUUGUAAGGGAUGGAUUGACUUUUGGUGUUGAUUUUUUACUUUACAAAGAUGGAAUAGAACUUCACCAUUCAUGUGCAGGAAUUAAAAUAGUUUCAAUGUCAGAUCCAAUAAUUACAGAUAUUUCAAUUAGUGCUGUCCAAAGAGAAUUAAAUAAUUGUAAAAAACAAUUAUUAAUUGCUGCUAUUGAUUUUAAAAUUUUGGAAGAAAAUGUUAAAUUAGUGGAUAUUGAAAUGGCUAAAAUUAAUGUAGGAGAACUUUAA